ACACUUCAGCAUUCUCCAUUCACCAAAAAUGGCCGGCUCAGGCUUAAUUCAAACACUACAGUACUACUAAAAAGUUUCUUUUUAGCAAAAAAUUCACAGUUCCUAUUUAGACUCAAGACUCUCUGUGGAAGUGGAAGUGGAAGUGGAUUAUUAUUUCCUCUUGUUAAUUUCCCUCUCAUUUUGAAACAUCUUCCUCGCGCGGCAAACCCUAAGUUUUCCGAGAAAGUGAAGGAAAAUGCCUCGGGAGAUCAUCACGCUCCAGGUGGGACAAUGUGGGAACCAGAUCGGGAUGGAGUUCUGGAAGCAGCUCUGCCUCGAACAUGGCAUCAGCAAGGAUGGCAUUCUCGAAGAUUUCGCUACUCAGGGAGGUGACAGGAAAGAUGUGUUUUUCUAUCAAGCUGAUGAUCAGCACUACAUCCCACGAGCAUUGCUGAUCGACCUCGAGCCUAGAGUGAUUAACGGCAUCCAGAAUAGUGAAUAUCGAAAUCUCUACAAUCAUGAGAAUAUCUUUGUUUCAGAUCAUGGAGGUGGUGCAGGAAAUAAUUGGGCCAGUGGUUAUCAUCAGGGGAAGGGUGUUGAAGAGGAUAUAAUGGACAUGAUUGAUAGAGAAGCAGAUGGAAGUGAUAGUCUUGAGGGUUUUGUUUUAUGUCACUCUAUUGCUGGAGGAACAGGCUCAGGUAUGGGUUCAUAUCUGUUGGAAACUCUAAAUGAUCGCUACAGCAAAAAACUGGUUCAGACAUAUAGUGUAUUUCCAAACCAGAUGGAGACGAGUGAUGUGGUGGUCCAGCCCUACAACUCACUUUUGACACUUAAGCGACUUACAUUAAAUGCUGAUUGCGUUGUUGUUCUUGAUAACACUGCAUUGAAUAGAAUUGCUGUGGAACGUCUUCAUUUAUCAAAUCCUACAUUUGCUCAAACAAAUUCUCUGGUCUCCACUGUAAUGUCUGCCAGUACAACCACUCUGCGAUAUCCAGGUUACAUGAACAAUGACUUGGUUGGCCUUCUUGCUUCUUUAAUUCCUACCCCAAGAUGCCAUUUUCUAAUGACAGGAUAUACACCUCUCACAGUGGAGCGCCAGGCUAAUGUGAUUCGUAAAACCACUGUACUUGAUGUCAUGAGAAGACUUCUGCAGACAAAGAAUAUUAUGGUUUCCUCAUAUGCUCGAACAAAAGAAGCUAGUCAAGCAAAGUAUAUAUCAAUAUUGAAUAUCAUCCAAGGGGAAGUGGACCCUACUCAGGUUCAUGAAAGUUUGCAGAGGAUACGUGAAAGAAAGCUUGUUAACUUUAUUGAGUGGGGCCCUGCAAGCAUUCAGGUUGCUCUGUCUAGAAAGUCCCCAUAUGUUCAAACUGCUCAUAGGGUCAGUGGUCUUAUGUUAGCAAGCCAUACUAGCAUCCGGCACCUUUUCAGCAAGUGUUUGAGUCAGUAUGAGAAGUUGAGAAAGAAGCAAGCUUUUCUUGAUAAUUACCGGAAGUUCCCAAUGUUUGCCGACAAUGACCUUUCAGAAUUUGAUGAAUCAAGAGACAUAAUUGAGAGUUUGGUUGAUGAAUACAAGGCCUGUGAGUCCCCAGAUUACAUAAAAUGGGGAAUGGAGGACCCAGACCACAUUCUAACUGGAGAAGGCAAUGCUUCUGGAACCGUGGAUCCAAAUUAGCUGUGUGAACAUAUCAAGUCAGCAGGAACUAGCCAAGAGCUUGUAGCUCAGUAGCAUUCCCAGUUCUCACAUGGAGAACCUAGGUUGAACCCUCCCCCCCCAAACUUAUCGUAAGCAAAAAGUCUGCAGGAACUGAUAUUUUAUUCUUGCUAAUGAAAUUAUUAAAGUUACCUUUUUGCCUUCUAAGAUAGGUUGUGCCAUCAUCUAUGCAAUGAAUUCCUCAGUGUUGAAGUAAAACUCAAUGGUGUGGUCAGCAGUGAGAUUUUUUGUUGAAUUAAGGCUAAGAGCCUAGGCACUGCCUGGUCUCUUUUAUGAGAACUAGGAUCGAAACCCCCCUCCUCACAUGUUGUAACAACUGAACUAAAUAAAAGAUUGCCUUUUUAAUUCAAUAACAUAAUCAUCCAAAACAUGAUGCGUAGGAUUCUCCUUUUGGGCACUAGAUUUGUAUGUUAUCCCAUUUCAUAGAGCAACAUUUUUCUUCACUGGUGUCUGAGAGGGGAG